AUUGCCAAUCGACACAAGUACAACUACGUGGCUGCCGCUGUUUGGAAAAUUUAUAACAAUUUCCACGCAAAACUGUAAGAAAAUCAGCUUAAAGCAGUGACACCACAAUGCAAACAACAGUUGCCAAGCUACUGCUCACAUUAUGUGGCCUAAUACUGCUGUCAACUGCGGGCCAGGCCUUCAUUGUCAGCGUGGAUGCGCAUAACGAGGAAUGUUUCUUCGAGAAUGUCGAAGGUGGCACAAAAUUCGGCGUGACAUUUGAGGUGAUUGAGGGCGGCUUUCUAGAUGUGGACAUCAAAAUCACCGGGCCCGAUCAGCAUGUCAUGCACGAAAGCGAAAAGGAAUCUUCGGGCAAGUUCACAUUCGUUGCGCCAGCCAAGGGUGUCUAUACCGUCUGCUUUAAUAACGAGCGCAGCAGCAUGACACCCAAGCUGGUCAUGUUCUCCAUUGAAAUGGGCGAUGCACCGCAGCGUGCACCGGGCGCACCCGGUGAAGAGGAGGUGGGCCACACCAAGCUCGAGGACAUGAUACGCGAGCUAUCCGGCACGCUCACCAGCGUCAAGCACGAGCAGGAAUACAUGCAUGUGCGCGACAAGAUUCAUCGUUCGGUCAACGAGAGCACCAACUCGCGUGUCGUCCUGUGGUCGAUAUUUGAGGCGCUCGUUCUGGUUCUGAUGACCGUCGGCCAGGUGUAUUACCUGAAACGCUUCUUUGAGGUCAAGCGCGUUGUGUAAUCCCUGUGCGUCCAGUGCGUGCGCGUGUACAGAGAGCGAAUGUGUUGCAGUGUCUCAGCCUAAUUUUAAAUGAUUUAUUAAAUACUUUUUUUGUAACAAA